AUGACACCUGAGGCCAAGAGAAGGAAGAAUCAGAAGAAGAAACAGAGACAGAAGCAGAAGAAACAAGCCGAGAAGCUCGCUGUAGAGGAACCUAUCAUUGAGCAAUCGCAGGAUGAUUCCGUGGAAAGCGCUGAUGUGCUGUCGCAGUCAGUUGACGAAAGCGAUAUGAACACAACUACCACAACAGCGCCGCUGGAGAAUGAGACCGAGAAUCCUGAUGCAGCGGAAUGUAAGGGUUCGCCCGAGGAUAUGGAAAUAAUAAGGAGCCUUCAGAUCGAUAGAGGAAUUAGCAUCCAGGGACAGCUAGAAAAGAAGCUGUCCAAAGAAGUCACGAUAAUUGAUGAUAUACCUAAAAACGACUCCUCAGAUGAUGUUAAUAUUGUUGAGGCAGACCAUAAUGUGGCAGUGCCCUCUGAUGCAGCACGGCGAGAGACAGAUCUUCCUAUCGAAUCAUUCAAAGAGCUAGAGAGCGAUCCACAGUCUGUGGAGGUAAACACAUAUCCUGACGUGUUGAACACUUUCACAUCCAGUGAUUCAAUCGAACCAGAGGCAGAUACGGAUAGAGUUGAAUCCGUUGCAACCAUUGCACCGAAGGGCAAUGACGCAACGCAGGGAACGAUCACUAUGACAGCUGUGACACCGAAUAAUGGAGAAGAAGCCAAUGGAGAAUCAUUUGGGGGCAGUUUUCAGAAUGCAGAUGAUGAAAGUGUAUCUCAGAUGGCUUCGCAGCCAGCUGAGCAGGUCCACGAGCAUGAAGAGGCGCUUGAGAGCGCUUCAGACAUAUCUGUAGCAUCCAGCUUCAUAGAUCAACAACCACAGGCGCUAGGUGAAGCUGAAAACCUAUCGGCGGGAAUUCCGUCUGAAGCUGAGCAUUCGACACGCGCUGAUAACGGCGCCGAUCUUUCGCCAGGCGUUAACCAUGAGUUUGGUCAAGCGACGAAAAUGUUCCCCGAUAACAAUAGCCAGACGGAUGAGGUAAUGCUAUUCGGAGUUCAGAAUGAAAAUAUGAAUUCUAGCAACCCUUCGCCAUCAGAUGAUAAGCAGAUCGAAGAUUUAUUCAUGCAUGACGACGAAAGUAAUGAAGUGAUGCCCUGGGAGGCAGUCAGUGCAUCAGAAACUAGAGACUUGGAAUUAGAAAAACGCAUGACGCCCAUGGAUAAGACAAUUGGAGCUCCUAAACCUACCAAGCUAGAGCAUCUCGAAACCAGUAAUAAAACGAUUGAAAGGAAUGAAAAUAAUGGAAAAAUUACCACAGAAGACGAACCGAUGCAAUUCAAGAAUAUAUCUGCUACAGCGCUGGAUGAGAAAAGUGAUGACAUGCUGUUUAGGACACAGGCUCCUUUAUUGGGGCAAGUAGAUGAUCAUUUCAUCAAAGCCGGUGAAGAAAAGGCCUUUCUGCAGAACGAGCUUAAUUCAUCGGAACCAGUUGAAAACUUGAAGCAGCAUCAAAUUAUUCCGAAACAAGAACAGAAUACCGACAAACUGGCCGCUAUUUUUGGUGCUGACGAUACAGCAGAUGAUAAGUUCUGGUUGAACGAGCAUUCGCAAAUUGAUAGAUCUUCCCACGUACCUCAACCAGAGAAUCGGCCAUCGGAGCAAGAACAAGGUAAAACUAAGACGAAAUUCUCUUUCCUGCAGGAGGAUGAUGACUUGUUGGAUGAGGAAGAUGACGGCUUUCUAUCCUCUGAUGGCGAAGAAUCCAUCGCCCAAACUACGAACAACGAAAGUAGUGGUGCUUUCGAUGCCGAUUCAGUAUCCCAUGUGGCCCCUACCAACGAGCGUCCUAGCCAGCCUGUUGAAGCAUCCGACUUCACUUCGUCCAUAUCAUCUCUGCCAACGGAUGGGGCCAGAUCUAGAUAUGAGCCGGUACAAUACUCGAAGAAUCAAGAUAGUGCGCCACCACAUGCAGGUCGUAGUGUACCGUCGCAAUACGGCAUUGCAACUCCUCAAUUCGCUCUACAGACUAAUCUCCCGGCUCAACCCCAGAACCUCGGAGGAAAUCGAGAAGCCGUUGAGAAGAUUAACGAAGAAAAGAAGAAAUCGGACGCUUAUGAUUUUCCUCUUGACCUCUUCCCCGAAAAGAAGAAAAUUGUGCAUGCCAAGCCUGUCAAGAUUCCCACUUUUGUAGCAGGAGCGUCGCAGCAGGGGCUGGAUAGAAUUACUCCUGGAGCGGUGGGCCAGACUGAUGCGCGACGCUCUAUUGGCAACAGGUCAACUUUCGAAGCGCCACUACCAAAAAAUCCUUAUGCAAGCUUAGUGACGCCGCAAAGCAAAGUCUCAACUGGUUAUCAGAUGCCAAUUCAAGGAAUUAUCCCCCCAGUUCCUGUAUCAUCAUCUAUUGCUCCAGCAAAGUCGCUGCAGGACAAUUCUCCGUCCGUGAGCUCUCAGUAUCCAGCAAUAAACCCUUAUAUGCAAAUUUCUAGGAGUAGAGGUCACAGCAAUGCAUCUGCUGGCGGCCGUUCCUCGAAAGGUAUUGACAGAGCUGUACCCGAUACUACUCCGUUGCCGUUUCCAUCUGCAUCCAGAAAAACCUCUGCAACAAAAUACGCGCCAACCUCUCCAUCACAAGGGUCAUACCAAUAUGCCCCCGGCAAAGGAAACGGACUCAACGGAUCAUCUAUGAACCCACCACACUUCGGCGGCUUACCAAAUAUGAAUCCAGAGGUAAACCUGCAACCCGUUCCUUACCGCGGUGUAUCAAGCACGAACGCAGUGACGAACCCACCGCUUAUCCCUUAUGGCAGUCUGCCAAGUGCAACUACGCUUCCAGUUCAGGACUUUGUGCUUCCAGCACUUAAGGUUCCUGAUUCGCUGCCUCCAACUAAUGUGCUUUCACCCACUUCAGCUUCCACGACUAGGAGGUUUCACGCUCGCUCGAACUCGAGUGUUUACACUCCGAACCAGAGUGAAUAUACUUCGAAAUAUGCUCCCACGGUUCAUCCGCAAUACCAAAACAGUUAUCCUAUGCCUCAGCAGGAAGUCCAAGAUCCAAACUUUCCGCUUACGACUGGGAGAAGUAUUCGCACCGGUCCGCCGAUCGACAGGCCAGUUCCAGAAGCUUCAGCUUUCGACAAGCCUGUGGAUAAUCAAGCUUUGCUACAUCGCCAGUUUCCUUUGAUGCACUGGAGCGCGUCAGAUAAAAUUGUUUGCGCGGUACCAGUAGAGACAUCUCCCAACUCAUACAUUAUGGGACCAGGCUCUUCUUUACAAUCGUUGGAAGUCAGCCACCUUGAAUCUAAGAUUCCUGGCACUAACCUUCUCAAAUCAUUCCCAGGACCGCUCAUAAAGAAUAAAGUAAAGAAGAAGGAUGUCGAUAAGUGGUUAGAAAUUAGCUUAGGUGACUACGCUGACUCAUCUUUGGAAUAUACCUUGCUAGCAAUAUUGAAACUCAAACUCGCAGACUCCACCGGCUGGAAGGAUAUUUCUCGCUGCUUGUAUGACUCAGAUGAGUUACUGUCGUACCUUUCCCAGCCAUUAACUGAUUCAAAGUCCAAGCCAGUCACUCCGAAGCUUGAUGGAGCUGAUCAACUGAAAGUAUUAGCAUAUCUGCAGACUGGAGGACGCGAGAUGGCGCUGGCCAUUGCUAUGGAAAAAAGAGAUUAUGCGAUGGCACUUUUGAUUGGUAGUUUAAUGGGCAAAGACAAGUGGACACAGGUAGUCGAAACUUAUUUGAAGAAUGAAUUUUCGGUUGAAUCUAAUGUCUCCAAUUUUUCCACUAAUUUACUGUCUUUGAUGUUUCAAGUUUUCAUUGGUAAUUCAAAGAGAGCCGUACAAGAAUUUUACAGUGAUGGCGCGAAAGGACGGUGGGCAACGGAGAACUGGAGAAUCGUAGUUGCCGCUGUUCUAAACAACAUCGAAGUGACUUGCGAGAAAUCAAUGAACUAUGCGGUCCCUCCGAUGAUUAAUGAGUUCCUGGUGGAAUACGGCGUCUUUUUAGCCCAAAGAGGAUUAAGUGCAGAGGCCUGCAUUGUGUUUGUGAUAGCCAAUUUACCGCUAUCUUCUUCGCCAAUUGCUGAUACAUCGGUGAAAUUCGAGCAUAUUGGUGGCCUUUUGUCGUUGGAAGGUUGCAUAUUUUCUGAAAUUUAUGAGUUCGUAAAUUGUUCGGAUGCAAAGGGCUAUGGAAGCUUAUACUCGCAUAAGUUGUAUCAUGCUUUCUGCCUACAAGAACAUGGCUUUUUCUCGGCUGCUUCUCGAUAUGUGGAUCACCUCACCGGUGUGCUGAAGCAAUUACCAAAAAAGGACCCAGCUACUUGGCAGAUGGCGCGUGGUUUAAACGAGUUGUCCAGUAGGUUGGCCGGCUCGUCUACGGGGUGGUUAGGCAAGCCAACCUUGAGCAGCGUUUGGGGACAAUUGGACAAAUCUUUCAAUAAAUAUAUUGCGGGUGAUGACGACUCUCUAAUAAAGAAGCCGCAGGGGAAAAAGGUUUUUGAUGGCUUCACACCUGUUACGUCUAGAAACUCUUCGAUGCUGAAUGUCAACCAAUACCAAUUUACUCCAGCUCACAAUCAAGCUCAACAUUCGACUUUCAAACCAGAUCAGCAAGUUCUUUUAGCAGCGGGCACUGCCAAUCCGAUAGAAAAUCCCGUUCAAGGGUUAGUGAACAAAAAUCCAGUUUCAAAAAGUUUGACUGAUCACGGCCCACCUACUACGUCUCCAUACAGCGUGGCUUCAUCUCCCCAGCAGCCCAAAUAUCAGAGAGUGCAUAGUACCGUUAGUCCUGCUCACUUUCCGCUGAGAAGAGUACAAACUGAACAAGCAGGAGGUACAAACGUCACUGAUCUUCAUCCGCUUAAAACUGGGACAGAACAAAUUGAACGUAAAGAUUCUUGCAUUGUGAAAAAUGAAACCGGUUAUUAUCCUGGUACCGCUGCAGCUCCUUCAGCUUCGAUAGGUCGCUCCUCACCAUACUACUGCUCUACGCCAGACUUACUUCAAAACAGAUCUCUGGAGCCAUCAGAUAACUUAUCACCAGCUGAACCACAGCUUGGAGAACUUAGCGGUAACAACCAUCCAUCUGAGCCACUCGAUGUCCAUUCGGCCCCGCAAUCGAAUCAAAACGAAUCCUCCAAAAUGACUUCCUUCAAUGGUGCUGAAGAUCACAAGCUGUUAAUUUCUGAUAAUGAGGCUCCCUACAAGCAGGAAAACUAUAGUCAAGUUUCCGUUGCGGGUUUUGAAGUAAUGGUUGAAGGUCGACGCAAAUCUGCAAGUAAUGAACCGCUUGAAGGCCCCGCCAAGGAUAUGGUUGACACGUCAGAUGUGAAUGCUGAUCGACGCAUGAUCAACUACGAAAGUGACCUCACAAUUGGUGCAGCUUUCUCUUCGACGUCACACAGUGGCGUAUACAAUCACAGUCAUGCACCUGAAAGUCUCACUGCCAAACUUUCUGAAUCUGAUAUUGGUGCCGCAGGGGUGAGUGCUUUUGAUUCGAACGGAGAUAUGCGCCAGAGCAAGCAAGAAAGCCUAGGAGAAACAGUAGAUCGUCAAAUGUCCAAUGCAGGCUUUGUUGCUACUGACCGCUUCAAUGACUCGUCCUUUGAUAAGCAAGAGACUGUUGAAGGAAGAGAAGGCGAAGUUCGCCAGGUUGCCAAGGAAUACAGCGGCAGUACUACUGAUGUAUCUUCGCCAUCAAACGCAAGAUCGGAAACCUCAGUCUCCGGCCUGAUAAAUCCUUACGCUCCCCCGCUUACUUCAAAAUCAUACGAGCCGCAUCCCCGCAAAGAAGUCUCUCCUUUCGGCGAUCCAGCGAACACAAAUGGAUAUAUCGCUGAUAGCCAAGCCUAUAAACGUGAGCAAGUCUCGGUGAAAGCAGGCGAGAAGCCUCCGCUGGUCAUCUCUUCCCCUGUUGAACGACCCGCUGCUAGCGCAUCGGCUAACAGAUUUGAUCCGAUUAGGCCAGCCGAGGCCUUGACGGCGGAUAUUUUCGAGCCAGUCAUCAAGAAGUCAUCAGCUUCAAGAGCUUUCGCCCCUCUAGUUGUUCAGUCCUCAGAAGAUCAAUAUGACGAUAUGGUCGAGGAUGAGUCAGACGACGAGGACGAAGAAGAGCGGAGACGCCAAGCGGAGCAGGAGAAGAGGAAGAAAGAGGAAGAAGAGAAGAAGAGAAAGGAGAAAGAAAGCGCGGAAGCGAAGAAGAACAAACAGAAGCAAGAUGAAAAAGCUAGUGGGUGGUUUAGCUGGUUAAAGAAAGAUCCCAACGAGAAAAAGCCAAUCAAAGCCAAACUGGGGCACAAGAGUACAUUUUAUUACGAUGAGAAGUUGAAGCGCUGGGUGAACAAAGAUUCUUCUGAGACCGAAAAAGAGAAAAUGGCCUCUCCUCCUCCACCCCCACCUGUCGUUAAAAGAAUGGACAAUGGUCCCAAGACCAAACCACUGCCUGGCCCUGAAACGCAGUUAAAAGACACUGGUGGAGCAAUUCUCCCCAAAAAUCCAAUAACCGGGGCUCCUCUGAAAUCCUUGUCAACAAAUUCUCCGGACACAGGAGACAAACCUGCGAUCCCACCCACGGCGAACCAUUCUGGUAUCAAUCUAUCCGGAAAAAAAGCGAACGGUCUUGACGAUUUACUUUCGCUAACUGGAAACAAUGGCGGUGCUUCAAAACGGAAAAGAAAACCCGGUAGAGGAUACGUAAAUGUUAUGGACAAUAAAUAA